AUGGAGAACUCCUCUCAGCCCUUCUCUUAUCAGCCUCUCGACGAUGACUCAAUCCGACUCGUCACCGUCAAACCUGGACCAUGGAAUUCCAUCAUAGAAUGUGAAGUCGAGAUUGAGAAUCUUCGCCAGGGCAAGAAUCACUUCGGGGCCCUAUCCUACGUCUGGGGCGACAGUAACGUUCGCCGCCCAAUACACCUCAACGGCAAUACGUUUAAGGUUACGGUGAACCUCUUUGAGGGACUUCGACAGAUUCGAGAGUCAAUGUUUGAAGACAACACUCUCCCCCAGUUACCUAUAUGGGUGGACGUCACCUGCAUCAACCAAGAUGACAAGGAUGAGAAGGCGAAGCAGGUGCCCAACAUGCACCAGAUCUACAGCACCGCUGAGGAGGUCCUCUUGUGGCUUGGUGUCAUGUCUAUUCCGCCUGACUUCUUAAAGCCAUGGACCUACGACGAGAGAUACUCUUGGAUGGGUUUUGGCGAUGAAGAUUGCCUAAUGAGUGAGGAGCUUAGGGAGAAUGCUCUCGAGAGAUAUGUCGUGUAUAUCCGCAGCCCGAAGUACUCGAUUCAGCGUCUAACUCUUCGCUAUUGUACUUACUUCCAGAGGCUAUGGACCGUUCAGGAAGCAGUGCUCGCAAAGGGUGGGCCAGUCAUUCUGGUGAGCCGACACGUCUUAACAUGGGAUGAGUUCACGCACAAGGACCGUCUAGAACCCGAGGAGUUUGUGGAAGUCUCGAACCGUCCCCACACCUCGUUUCUCGGCAUUUCGUCGCUCAGGAAGCAGGUCGCCGUGGGUCGCCGGCAAUCGCCCCCAGAGCGGCUGCUAGACGUCAUCCAAGACUUCUCGGAGCAUACCUGUAGUGAGACUGUGGAUAAGAUAUACGGCCUGGUGGCUAUUGUCCCGCUCCAUGGUUUGCCGAGCUCCCUCUGGCCAGACUACAGCAUACCCUCCGAGGAAGUCAAUUGGAAAUACGCUCAGUAUCUCUUUGCUGAAACCGGCAGCCUCGCCCUCCUCGAGUGGUACACAAAGCCUCUCCCUGGAGUCCCCUCAUGGGUUCCAGCCAUCGGUGCCGGUGAAGGGAACAUAUCAGUAACAAAAUCUACUUCUUUCCCACACUCGGGCCCGUUUUGGUGGAUGUACCCAACCUUCUCGGCUGACUCUAGGGAGAUAUCUAUCGCGGGGUUCGACUGCGGCGUUUGCGUAGAACACAUGGAGCGUCCAUUGGCCGUGGCCGGGCCGGAAGACUUGCAGCUCGUGGGAACAUCUAUAGAUCUCCGGGACACGUUGCGGCAGCUUGAAAAGCAAAUCGAUCCGAGUACGUUCACAUGGGGGCGAGUAACCGGCACGUAA